AUGCAUCUAUCUCCAGCUGCUCUUUUGGCUGCUGCUGCUGUCCUUGUGACUAUGCCUCAGCAGGUCUCUGCUUGGAACCCAGGAAACUCUUACGCACCUUCCUAUGUCGACUGCCCAGACUCUGUCGAUAACUUUUUACGCUCUGCAAGUUCGCUCUCAGACCAGGAAGAAGAAUGGAUCACGGAACGUAAGAAACAAACAGACGAGGCUCUCAAAACUUUUUUGGCCCGUAUUAAUAUGACUGAUAUCGACACAGACUCGUUCCUCGGAACAAAUACUUCCCUCACAAUUGGCCUUGCCUUUAGCGGUGGCGGUUAUCGUGCCAUGCUAACUGGUGCAGGCGAGUUUGCAGCUCUCGAUUCCCGUACUCCCAACUCGACAAAUACUGGCCAUCUCGGUGGUCUUGUCCAAUCUGCAACAUACCUUUCCGGUCUUUCCGGAGGAAGUUGGCUUGUCGGCUCCAUUGUUUUGAAUAACUUUUCAACUAUUGACAAUCUGCAGUACAAUGACAAUCUGUGGAAUCUCGAGCACUCCAUCUUUAACCCCGGUGGUAUCAAUGUUUUCUCCACAGCCAGCUACUUUGAUAAAUUGGCCGAUGAUGUCGACGACAAGAGAGAUGCCGGCUUUAAUACUUCCCUUACGGAUAUUUGGGGCCGCGCUCUUUCCCAGCAAUUUAUUGAUCUUGACCGUGGUGGACCUGCCAUGACUUGGAACGAUAUCCAAAACUUCCCCGUAUUUUUAAACCACUCAAUGCCUUUCCCCCUGGUUGUUGCCACUGGCCGUGCUCCCAACACUAAGAUUAUCUCUACAAACUCGACUGUCUUUGAAUUCUCUCCCUUUGAGCUGGGUUCUUGGGACCCCUCUCUCCACAAAUUUACCAAUUUGACUUGGCUCGGUUCUAACGUGACUAACGGUAAGCCUAAUAACGGUACAUGCGUUUUGGGCUUUGAUCAGGCCGGUUUCACCAUGGGUACUUCCUCUUCUCUCUUUAACCAGUUUAUUUUACAAAUCAAUUCAACUGGCAUUUCCGGAAUUUUGCGCAAGCUGGCUGAAAGUAUUCUUAGUGAUCUGAGCGAAGAUUAUAAUGAUAUUGCCGUUUACGCCCCUAACCCCUUUACCGACUCUGGAAACAAUGCCAUUUCCAACUCGGAUUUUUUGGCACUCGUUGAUGGCGGUGAAGAUAACCAAAAUGUGCCCUUCUACCCUUUGAUUCAGCCUCAACGUGAGCUUGAUGUCAUUUUCGCCUAUGACAAUUCAGCCGACACUGACUACUCUUGGCCCAAUGGUGCAUCCAUCCAAGCUACUUACACCCGUCAAUUUGGCACUCAGAAUAAUGGCUCCUUUUUCCCGUCGGUCCCCGAUAACAAUACCUUUAUCAAUGAUCAGCUCACUCGUAAACCCACCUUUUUCGGCUGCUACGCAAGCAACUUUACCACUCUUCGUUCACAAACAAACUCAUCGUCAAGCAUUAUUCCACCUGUUAUUGUAUACACAUCCAAUGCCUACUAUACCUAUUUGAGUAACACUUCGACCUUUAAGAUGAAGUACUCUGAUGAUGAAAAGAAUUCCAUUAUUGAAAACAAUUAUGCCGUGGCCACUUAUGGCAAUGGUACUAUUGAUUCUGAGUUCACUGCUUGUAUUGGAUGUGCCAUUAUUCAGCGUGAGGUUGAGCGCCGUGGAAUUGAACAAACAGAACAGUGCAAGCGCUGCUUUAACAAGUAUUGCUGGGAUGGUGCUACCAAUAGCUCUAAACCUUCGGCAGCUACCAUUGCUGAUAUCAAUGAGCAAAGUGUUUUGGAAGCUGCUGGUGUAGUUUCCUUGGCUUCACAGCCUAGCUCCAGUGCUAGUGCCAGUAGUGCUAGUGCUAGUGCCACCGCAAGCUCGACUUCUAGCAAGAGUGGAGCUUCUACAUUAACCCAUUAUUCCCCAAUGGCUUUUGUUGCCUUGUGCUUUGUUGCCGGUCUUAUGUUGUAA